AGCUCCCAUAAAUGCCGUACUCCCCCACUUUACCCCGAACUGGUACUUUAGAUGUCUUCUAGGUUUGGAGCAGCUUUCUUUGUUGCUUGCAUACCUUGAAACCUCCAUGGUUUGCAGUUUCCCUGUUGAAUCUUGCCGAAGGAAGCAAGUCUGAUCCUUUACUAAAUUUCAUUUACUUUGCCGAGGUUCUUGAAACAAGCACGAUGGAUGCCCUCACAGCCUCUCUGGAUGCUCUGGUCACUAAUCCAGAGCUUGCGCCGCUUCUGUCCCUGCUCAAGGGCAUUCGCAAUGGCGCUGUCUACGGGGCCAAGGUCCGCUUUCCGCAUGCUCUAGUGAUGAUUUUGCUUUUUCGCUCAGGAACAUUCCGUGAGAAAGUCAAGCUUGUCCUUAAAGCCACGCGCCAACAUGCUCGGAACCUGGCCACGUUUGCGCUGAUAUACAAGGGCUCGAUGAUCCUGCUGCGCAAUAUCAACCCGGUUGCUGUCGGGAAAGAAGGACGAUACGAUAGCUUUUUUGCCGGGUUGCUAGGAGGCUAUGCCGUCUUUGGUCGGCAUAAAACCAGUAUCACUCAACAGAUUGUGAUCUAUAUCUUUGCUCGUGUGGUACUUGCGUUGGCCAAACUUGCCAUUCGUCCAGACAUGCACCCACUCUCCUCUCUCAUCACUCCGCAAACGCGAACUCAGAUGAAAAGCAAUGCCUGGCCGGUAUUUGCCAGCUUGUCCUGGGCGCUUGUUAUGUACAUCUUCCGUUGGCAUCCAGAUACAUUGAUGUCAAGUCUGAGGAGUAGCAUGGUGUACAUUUACGCGGAUUCCGAUCACUGGGACUCGUUCCGCAAUUUUUUAAUCCACAACAAAUGAUCUCAGUGAUGCUAUUUGUAUCGCUCCCAAUACCAGGCCAACCUCCAACGGCUGGGCUAUAUCACAUGAUGGCAUAUAGAUACGGUGCGUUCGGGAUGUUGUUACAUUUUGCACUGUAUAUCCCCUAUAUCAUUUGGUUUAUUGGUAUUGAACUGGCAGGGGCCGCACAGCGGCUGUACCUAUGAUGCCCUACCGCAGGCGGUUUGAGGGGCCAAGCAAACAAUAGAGUCUGGACGGUACAUACACUUGAGCUGCUGCAUCCAGAGAUGUACUUCGAGCCAUCGAAGUAAUCUGCUCAGUAAUGUUUGCCAGCAUGUGUGGUGGUUAAAUUUGAUGACAAACUUCCACGCGGGACAACCCAGAAGAAGGUUGGCAAAAUGAAC